GUUUUGAUCCUAUUAAGGUAAAUCUCCCGUUUAUUUUUGUGGUGUUUUCAAGUAAGUAUGUGACGCGGUGGCGUGUGCCCCGGAUCCGCUGUCCCUUCCGACAGACAUAAAGAAUAGGGGAAUAAAUAGGUAUGCGCAUUGCAUUUACUUCCUUUCUGCAUGGAUGAUGAUGAUGAUUUGUAUCUACCAAAUCGCAGCUCCAAGUGGGCCUCCACUUCCCUAAACUUACAAUUGAGAGAUGGCGGCUCUCCCGCAAUGCCCAUCAUCUUCACUUUCUGUACAUGCCUCAUCUCUCACCCGCACCUCUAUCUCUCCCCCCCAGUUGAACUUCAGGUAUAAGCCCAUUCCAGAUUUACCCCGGAUUACGAGCACCUGCUCUGCUGCUUUCUCUGCCUCGCCCAAUUCAUCCAUACCCUCUUUUUCUCAAUUGAUUGAAGCUUUAAUAAGUGGAAAAGACUUGACUGAAUCUGAAGCUGAAGAAUCUCUUGAGUUUCUGUUGGAUGGUGCAGACGAAGCUCUGAUUAGUGCAUUUCUUGUUCUCUUGAGGGCUAAAGGAGAAACCUAUGAAGAAGUGGUGGGAAUGGCAAGGGCUAUGAUAAAACAGUGUAGAAGAGUUGAAGGAUUAGAAUGCGCAGUUGUUGACAUUGUUGGCACAGGAGGUGAUGGUGUAAACACUGUAAAUAUCUCAACUGGCGCUUCCAUUCUUGCUGCUGCAUGUGGUGCCAAAGUUGCUAAGCAAGGGAAUAGGUCAAGCUCAUCUGCUUGUGGAAGUGCUGAUGUACUGGAAGCUCUAGGGGUUGCUAUUGAGCUAGACUCCGAGGGGGUAAAAAAGUGUGUAAAUGAAGCAGGAAUUGGAUUUAUGAUGUCCCCCAUUUACCACCCAGCAAUGAAGAUUGUUAGUCCUGUCAGGAAAAAACUAAACAUCAAGACAAUAUUUAAUAUCCUGGGCCCAAUGUUAAAUCCAGCCAGAGUUCCUUUUGCUGUUAUUGGAGUCAGCAAAGAAAACCUUGUCCAGAAAAUGGCUAAAGCGGUUCAACGGUUUGGCAUGAAAAGAGCAUUGGUAGUUCACUCAGAAGGCCUAGAUGAGAUGAGUCCUCUUGGUAGGGGCUCAAUCCUUGAUGUUACUCCGACUAAGAUUGAGAAAUUCCCAUUUGACCCACUGGAUUUUGGCAUUCCACGCUGCACUUUGGAGAGCUUGAAAGGUGGAUACCCUGACUACAAUGCUAUGACGCUUAAGCGAGUUCUACGCGGCGAAAGCGGACCAAUUGGUGACGCAUUGGUGUUAAAUGCAGCUGGAGCUCUCUUUGUCAGUGGACUUGUAGAAAGUUUGGGUGAAGGAGUGAGUCUUGCUCGAAGAACAUUACUCUCAGGCAGAGCUUUGGAUGUUCUUCAUCUUUGGAUUCAAGUUUCGAAUAAUGUCAAAGAGUCGUCACAUCUCAGUAGUCUAAGCAUAUAACGAUGGUCGCUCCAAAUGCUUGGCCAGCUGAGGAGUAUAUAUAUUGAUCCUGCUUCUUUUCCUUGGGAAUUCCAUCAUAAUAAAAAAUAAUUGUAGCCUUUAAUUAUUUUGGUACAUCGGGAAAUAAUAUUAGCCUUUAUUGUCACUGUACAAUUUAUAGAGGAAUGGCUUUCAAGGGUUAUUAUUACUGUACGUUUAUUUAUAGUGCUACAACUCUGCUGGUAGUAUUGUAAUAGUAAUAGUAAUAAUAACGAUAAGAGAUAAUAUACGGAGCACGCUACUUUUAAAAGAAGCAUGCUGACGUAAAUACAUAAUGAAUGGCUAAGAUUAUGGG